AUGAAAGAAGAAGUUAGCGCAUCUGAAGCAGAUGCUUUCACCCAUGCUCUGGCGGGAGGUGCCGGAGGCGCCAUUUCGAUGGCACUCACGUACCCGCUUGUCGCAAUCACCACCAAGCUUCAGACGCGGAAGGCUGCAGCAUCCGAGGACUCUGAAAAGACAGCUAGCAUCGGUGAAACAAUCAAAGAGAUUUACCGCAAAGAUGGGAUUGGUGGCUAUUUUGCGGGUCUAGAGAGUGCCAUUGUCGGAACGACCUUUUCCACCUUUGUUUACUACUACUGCUAUGAAGCGUCUUCCAGAUGCGUGCUGUCGUCGCGGCGAAAGCAGAAACUGAACACUGCAGAAUCAAUGCUUGUGGGGACCAUCGCUGGCUCGGUGAAUGCUGCCGCAACUAAUCCCCUAUGGGUGGCCAACACAAGAAUGACAGUGCAAAAAAGCGAGCGUAACACUUUGGGCACUCUGUUGGAAAUUGCAAAGACGGAGGGCCCAACGGCGCUGUUUAGUGGCCUGAAACCUGCUUUGAUUUUGGUGAUCAAUCCUAUCAUUCAGUAUACAGUCUUUGAACAGUUGAAAAAUCGCGUGCUGGAGUCAAGUCAAAAUCCCACUUUAAGCCCUGCCUGGGCUUUCCUACUCGGUGCAAUCGGUAAAAUUGCCGCGACGGGCAUCACAUAUCCUUAUGUUACUAUGAAGGCCAGGAUGCAUCUUGCAGGGAAACACGAAUCGUCAGCUCUACCAAAAUCUCUUGUGUCAGUGAUGAUUGAAAAAGUCAAGAACAAUGGCGUUUCAGAGCUUUAUCGUGGGAUCGGCAUAAAAUUAGUGCAAAGCGUUCUGACAGCCGCAUUUUUGUUCUACUUCAAAGAGGGACUCGUUGUCUGGAGUGUCAGGCUACUCAGAGUAUUGUCCCGAUUCACCAAGAAGAACAAACGUCUCUUGACGGCUACUUGA